AUGUCAACUACGAUGAAACUUGUUGCAAAAGAUGCAGUAGCUAUUGCAAGUUAUUUUAAUAAUGUUAAUCAUGCAUAUUGGAUAAAAAGACUUCGUGAUGAACAAAUGGAUUUGUAUAGGAAUACAUAUGGUUUAGUAUCACCAAAUGAUACUCGAUGGAACUCAAAUUAUGAUUGCUAUGUAAGUGAAGAAGAUAUCGAAGAUGGUGAUACCAUUACUAAAACUAUAACUACUAAUGAAGAAAUAGAAGCUUAUUUUAGGACCUGUGAAAGAAUGAUACAAGAAGAAAGAGCUGCAAUUGAAGAUGAAAAUAUUUCUAAUUUCAUAUUCUUGCCAGCAGAAGAUGUUUUUGACUUGGUAGGAGAAACAGAACAUCCUGCUAACAAUAAGGAUGCUAAAUGGGCUAUAAAAGAUUUAUUUAAACCUUUAGAUAUCAAUCUCUGGUUGAUGAAAAAUUAUCUUCUUUUUAUUACUUGA